ACGCAGUGUGCCUGUGAUCAGGCCUCACUCGUGGCACCUGACCAAGCUGUCAUCAACGGAGUCUCCCCACAGUUCUACCCCCGUCCCCCCUCCUCCCCUCCCUGCCCCCCCCUCUGCCAUGCAGCUCUAUCCUGGGCCCUACACACUACCCUGGCACUCUACAGCAGACAACAGGUAACAUACACACAGAUGCGUAUAUACACACGCAUACACACACAAACACACACACUGGGCCCAUACACUACCCUGGCACAGCAGACAGCAGGUAAUGGUAAUUUAUAUUGGGAAGAUGCGGGACGACUAAUUACCCUGGCUUAUAUGUGAAUUAGAUUUUAGAGCAGUCUGUCCCAUUCUAUCCGAUUCCUCCGGAGAAUCUUGUCUCCCAACCUGCUGUCAAGCUACGUUUGCGCGCGCCACGUUUGUGUGAGUAUCUGAUAAUCAUAAUACUGAGUGAAUCGUGAAUAAUGGGUCCCCUGUAGCUCAGUUGGUAGAGCAUGGCGCUUGCAACGCCAGGGUUGUGGGUUCGUUUCCCACGGGGGGCCAGUAUGAAAAUGUAUGCACUCACUAACUGUAAGUCGCUCUGGAUAAGAGCGUCUGCUAAAUGACUAAAAAUGUAAAAUGUAAAUAAUGAUGAGUUAGAAAGUUACAGAGGGUAAAACAUCGUACCCCCAAGAAAUGCUAACCUCCCCUUUUGGUGAUGGUGAGAGGUUAGCAUGUCUUGGGGGUAUGAUCUUUGACCCGAUGUAACUUAAAUCACUCAUCAUUAUUCACGAUUCAUUCAAGAUUAUCCGUAAUAAUAGUAGCAUCCACAUUAAUGUAGAAGGGCUUAGAAACAUAUUAUAUUCUUAUUUACAAUAAAAGUGAGUCCAAAAUCACACAAUACAUUAUUUACCAUUCAUUUCUAUUGGGCACAUAAUAAUCUGAAACACAACCAAAACAAACUGCAAAUGCAUCCAACAAGUUUGUAGUCACAAGCUUGAUUAUAGACAUUGUGUGCUAGGAAUAUGGGACCAGAUACUCAACUUUUGACUACUUUAUUUAUAAGAAUCUUUAGGGAUGUCAAUAAUUUUGACCCCUACCUUUUUGAGAAAAAUUAUUAUUACUUGUUAAACCAAAUCUCUUUCUCUGAGCAAUUGUGUUAGUAUAAAAUGAUAUAAUUUUCAAAACAAAUUGAGCAUACAAUAUAACUCAGUAUUUGAAUUAUUUAUUUUAUACAGUCAUUAUUGCUCAUCUUUAUUUUUUAUAUAUUUAACCUUUAUUAACUAGGCAAGUCAGUUAAGAACAAAUUCUUAUUUACAAUGACGGCCUACCCCGGCCAGACCCGGACAAAGCUCAGCCAAUUGUGCGCCGCCCUAUGGGACUCCCAAUCACGGCCGGUUGUGAUACAGCCUGGAAUCGAACCAGGGUCUGUAGUGACGCCUCUAGCUCUGAGAUGCAUUGCCUUAGACCGCUGCGCCACUUGUGAGCAAGGGUGUUUAUCAAGAGUGUCAAUAAUUUCGGACCGCUGUGUGUGUGCGCGUGCAUGUGUGUGUGUAUCUGAGCUGUGUGUGUGCGUAUCUGAGCUGUGAGUGUUUUUGUUUGAGGCUGGGUACACAGUCUUGUGGGAGUGUAUUGUUGGGCAGACCAGACCAGGGGAAUUUUGUCCCUGUCUGGUCUGUGGUCCUCUGUUGCUCAGCUGGUAGAGCACGGCGCUUGUAACGCCAAGGUAGUGGGUUCGAUCCCCGGGACCACCCAUACACAAAAAAUAAUUAUAAUGUAUGCACGCAUGACUGUAAGUCGCUUUGGAUAAAAGCGUCUGCUAAAUGGCAUAUUAUUAUUAUUAUUAUUAUUAUUUCCAAAGACUAGCAAUCACACACACACACACAAACGCACGCACACACACACAGAGCAGACCAGGGGAAUUUUGACCUGUGACGUGUUUCCAAAGACUAACAAUCAUCAGGAAGCUUAGUGACCUCAUCAUGUUCUAAAGUCAAUAGCAUCACGGAGGAUAACGUGUAUUUUCAGACAGGCAUCGAUUCAGACAUUCCUCAUUGGCUGAUCACCCAAUGGUAGGACCCCAAAACUAUCAAAAUGGCUUUUCACACUACUGAACCAAACCGGGCCGAGCCAAAGUUGCUGGAAUAACAUUUGAGCCAGCACAGUUUAGUUUGGGUCAGGUACCAUAGUAUAAAAAGGGUAUACGUCUUGCUUUCCAAAUAGUACCCCAUUCCCGCAUACUGCACUGCUUUUAGCCUGAGUGAAUAAUGUAAUUUUGGAUUGACCCUAAAUCUGUGAGGAAGGACCAAAAGCACCAAUGAUUUCAACAACAAAGAAAAUCUAUAUAAGAGUUAAGAAAAAACACAGUGAAUUGGUUGAGAGAAAAUAGUUUGAAGGAGAUUUUAGUUGAUUAAAGUCAACACAAAUAAGUACAUUGAAAUGUUUCCAAAGCAUAUACAUACUGUAUACUAAACAAAAAUAUAAAGCAACAUGUAAAGUGUUGGUCCCAUGUUUCAUGAGCUGAAAUAAAAGAUCCCAGAAAUGUUCCAUUCUCACAAAAAUAUUAUUUCUCUCAAAUGUUGGGCACAAAUUUGUUUACAUCCCUGUUAGUGAGCAUUUCUCCUUUGCCAAGAUAAUCAAUCUACCUGACAGGUGUGGCAUAUCAAGAAGCUGAUUAAACAGCAUGAUCAUUACACAGGUGCACCUUGUGCUGGGGACAAUAAAAGGCCACUCUAAAAUGUGCAGUUUUAUAACACAACACAAUGAGGGAGCGUGCAAUUGGUAUGCUGACUGCAUGAAUGUCCACCAGAGCUGUUGCCAGAUAAUUGAGUGUUCAUUUCUCUACCAUAAGCCACCUCCAACGUCGUUGGCAGUACGUCCAACCGGCCUCACAACCGCAGACCACGUGUAACCACGCCAGCCCAGGACCGCGAUUGUCUGAGACCAGCCACCCGGACAGCUGAUGAAACUGAGCAGUAUAUCUGUCUGUAAUUAAAGCCCUUUUGUGGGGAAAAACUCUGAUUGGCUGGGCCUGGCUUCCCAGUGGGUGGGCCUAUGCCCUCCCAGGCCCACCAAUGGCUGCGUCCCUGCCCAGUUAUGCGAAAUUCAUACAUUUGAUCCUAAUUAAUUAAUUUCAAUUGACUGAUUUCCUUAUAUGAACUGUAACUCAGUAAAAUCGUAGAAAUUGUUGCAUGUUGCGUUUAUAUUUUUGUUCAGUAUAGUAAUAUAACUAUGCUUUAUGUGAAAGGUGUGUGUUUGUGCCUGUGUGCAUUACUGACUCUAGCCAAUAACAACAGGAAAUAGAUUCCUUGAUAUGUUCAGUACAUUAGAAUGUCCUCAGUUAGCUGUGCUGUGUGUCACUGUAGCGUACACACACAGAGACACGCACACAUGCACGCAGUGGUUCCCCUUUGAUAACUAUCAAUGGUAUAAUUCACUACAAUUACCCCUAAUAGUUUUAACAGCCUUAGAUAGGCCAGUGUUUAUGUAUCACACACACACUAAUGGCUUUGACUGGCGUAGAUAGGCUUGAGUUUACGUAAAGCUGUAGUCUCUUUGUGCUUCAAUUCCCACAGUUAUGCAGGCCUGUCAUCGCCUUUAUUGCCACAUACACAAAACACUCACACACACACACACACACACACACACAAUGCAAUGUCUGAGACAUAUUCUCUCUGCAUAACAGGACAAUGGCAUGUGACUCCCAGAACAUGUGGACAAAGAGAGGAAGACAGUUAAUAAACAGAAUGCGAGUGUGUGUGUGUGUGUGUCUGUGUGUGUGUGACUUCCUUUGGGAUGUACCGUCAAAAGUUCCAGAAACGUUACACAACCCCUUAUAUAGCUAAUCAAGACCUCAAACAAAGGCUGACAGUCAGGCUCGAGUCCGACUAGAUGACACUGUGUCUGUGUCCACUCUAAUUCACCAUAGAGUUGUUAUUCCUGUCAUGUUCCUUAUCAUCCCCGGAUGGAACAUUCGGGAGGGAGGGGAUGUCAUUUCCUCUUGUUACGCCAUCAUUUCCUGUCGCCCUCUCUACCCACGAUGCAGCAGUAAUCCCUGACUGCUUAAAGAAGCUACCGUUCAAAUCUGCUAUUUUUUUCUUUCCUCCUUAAUAAUCCUUCAGAAACACAUGGUCGAGGUAGAUCUACCAAUAGGAAUACUGUAAGGCAGAUUAAAUCAAGUAGUAUAUCCUACGCUUCUCUUACUUUACCAUUUAGACUAGUGCAACUAUAGAAGAGAUUCAGCUUCAGUAGGCCUACUUCUUAAGAUAUAAAUAAUGUAGCAUCUGGUAUAUGUAGGGUAAAGGACCAAAAUAUGACUAGUAUUGAUGAUAAUGCUAUUUACUUAACAGAAAUUAGUAAUCACUCAUUAUUACAUCUCCCCCACCCUCUCUCCUCUUUACAGUGAUCUGUCUAUCCAGUGGAACCAGCUCUCCAGACACUACUCCACAGACAGAAGCAGUUCCCUAGGUAGCAUGGACAGCCUGGACCCUCCUAGCAGCCAAGUGUACUACGAUUCCCAUAAUUCCCCAGUGGACCCGGCCAUCUUCAACAAUAAGAGAGACUACGAUUCCCACAAUUCACCAGUGGACCCCGCUACAUUGAACAAUAAAAGAGACUCGGCCUAUAGCUCUUUCUCAGCUAGUUCUAAUAUGUCAGACUAUACUGUCUCACUAAGGCCCGGUGAGGCCUGUUCUAUGGAGAAUAUCCUCCAUAGCCUUGGGCCAAGGGGACCUGCCUGCCGGGUUUAUGCCUGUGGCAAUGCACCAUCCCUGGGGAGGGAGUCAGGCGAGGCCCAGGAUGAGACCGGUAUCUCAGCCCUACUACUAAAGUCGAGAUCGCUGACCAGGCCAAGAGUGAGGCAACCGGAAGCGAAGGAGAGACCAUCUUCGUACUGUUUUGAGGAGGAGAGGAGAGAGGGGAGAGGGGAGAGGGGUGGAGGAGGAGGCGAGAGGGGGGCUUCAAGCCCCCCCCAGCCCCCAACCAGGAAGGACAGUUUCAGGGCCACGAGGGGUCGCUUGGGGAUCACAGAUGUCAAAGAUCAACGAUGCAUCUCUGCCCCAGUCGGAAUUCCCAGCCUCUUCCGUUGCCAUGCCGAGGACGAUGACGACGAUCCUCAUAACGUUCCGGUUGUUCCCAGCAGGAAUGGCUAUCCUGCUCCUUGCAAGACGUCAAAGGCAGAGGGAGACAUGGGAAAUGGGAAAAGGAAUAGGGUUGGGAAUUUUAAAGGAGAUUCCUUGGAGCAAUACUACACCCUCAUCUCCAAAAAAAAAGAUUCCCUUAUGAAUAAGAACUCAGAGAUCCAGGAGAUCUACCCAGACUCCCUCCACCUCCCUGCCCCAGAGAGAAGCUCCCCUUUCUCCAUCCCCAGCUCCAGCUCCCUACCUCCAGACAGCUCCAUAGAUCCAGACCCCACAGGUGAGGCCAACCACAUCCUCCCCCAGAACAAGCACUGCUCGUCGGGUCUUUACAGACACAGCGCCCCUGAGAAACUCUUAUCGCAGCUACGUCAUCUAGAGUUUUCCAGUGACCCCUCGGAACCUUCGGACCAUAGCUCUGUCUCCCCCUCCAGCUCCCAGUGGUCUCACUCCCCCCUCAACCCCCCCAGGGAGGACCUAGGAGGGGAUAUAGGGAGUCACGAUGCCCAACUCCUCCUCCAGCAGAACCAGGGGAAGUGGGAAGGAGGGAGUCGAUGCUCUACCCCAGGAUCGGUGGACAUUGAUGGGAUUGGGGAGGCAGGAGAGGUGAGUGUGGUGGUUGGGGAGAGUAUGGAGGUGGUGGCUGCUGCUGGUACUCUCCUCUUCCCCAUCCAGGUCCAACACCCCUGUGGUAGGCCGGUGAGUGUUCCAGGGUCAGGGGAGCCCUCUGGAGGUUGUACACAGGGAGAGGUGAGCUCUGAGCGGGUAUGGGAGACAGACUUUGGGCCUCUCAGUGCUGCAGCCAGUGUGGACAGCCUACUGGAGGGAAAUCGUAGAGGAGGAGGAGGAGGAGGAGGAAGAAGGGAUGAUAAUGAAGGAGAGGUGCUGAUGAAGAAACCCAGGAGUCACCGUUCGUCCCGGGCACGCCGACGCAGCGAACGCUUCGCCACGAACCUCCGAAACGAGAUACAGCACAAGAAGGCCCAGCUGUCCAAGAGCAAAGGCCCAGGAGGGUUGCUCUACAGCGGGGAGACGGUUGAGGAAGAAGAAGGUCCAGACCUGGAAGUUCAGGACCUCCAGAGGGAAAAGAUUGAGGACCUCGAUCCGCCUGCCAAGGAGAGCAGCUCCCAAGGCGUGUGCACCUGUUCCGACGUCAGCCUUUCAGCUCCAGCUCCUGGAGGUCUGAACAGACUAUCCUCUUCUUCCACCCCCCAGCUCCACCAGCCUUCCCCAGCCCCAGUUUCAGCUCUACAACCCCCCAGGGAUGAAGACCCUGAACCACUAGAGAACCAAGACCAAGCUACAGACCCAUUUAAGACACCCCAGAGGUCCGACCCAACCAUUCCCUGCUGGGGUAUGGGUAUCCAGGUCGUGGAGGAGCUAGCACCAGCCGGUAAGGCCCGCCGAUGGAGAUGGACACCCGAACACAAACUCCAACCAGAAAUCGACACUGACCGACGGGGGGAGAAGGUCGGCGUGGCCUUGGGGGUGUCAGGACGAGGGAGGGCAUCCUCCACCUCCUCUGCCUCCUCUUCUUCUUCCACCACUUGUUCUUCCCGUGCUGUGGAGUCUGAUAUUCUACCUUUCGCGGACCGCUGUAAGUUCUUUGAGGAGACUAGCAGGAGUAUAUUGGUGUCGAAUUUGCCAGGUUUGACGAGUCGAAGGCAGAGGCCAGAUAGACACGAGAGGCAGCCUCAUCCGUCGAUACUGGAGAACCAAGGAGGGGGCUAUGGACAGGCACAAGCCCAGAGGAGGUACUCCUACCAUGGGGGAUUCCAGCGAGAAAGUCCCCUGUCGAUUAGUACCAUGGAGGCCCGGAGACAAUCGGUUAGUGGGAACAGGGAGAAAGAAAAGGAGAGGGAGAGAGAGAAGGAGAGGGAGAGGGAAAGAGAGAGGGAGAUGGAAAGGGAGGAGAGAGCGAGAGAGAGGCAGAGGGAAAGGGAGGAGAGGGCGAGAGAGAGGGCGAGGUUGUUGGAGAGGGAGGAAAUGGUGAGGGAAAGAGAAGAGAGGGCCAGAGAGAAGGAGAUGGAAAAAGAGGGGAGAAGGGAGGAAGAGAGACAAAGAGAGGAAAGGGCAAGGCUGAGAGAGAUGGAGAUGGAGAGAGAAAGGGAGAUAAAGUCACUCAGUUCAGCUCAGGAUCUCUAUGCCAGUCAAACCCAACCCCAUGCCUACCCCCAGCCCCACUCCUACUCCCAUCCCCAAGCCCAGAUCGAGGCCCCUCGUUCAGCCUUCCACCCGGUCAACACCGCUCUCCUCCAGGACAACCAGGCUCUUCACCAGGGUUAUCCACCACGGAGCUACACACCAACAGAGGCAAGUAUAGGUUACUGUUACACAAGACAUAGACACACUCACACACACCUACACACACACAUGCACGGGUUGAUUUCAUAUUAAGGCCGUUGGUUCAACGCCAAAGUUUUAUACAGUAUCUGGAGAUGUCCAACAGUAUUUAAUGGGUCCAGAUGUGAAUGAGGAUGUAGUAUAUUGAAGCUUGCUUGGCCUUGCCUAAAGCACCCUAAGGAAGGAGGAUGGUUGGCCAAUACAAGAGGAUAUAAAGACACACACACACACACUACGUUUUUUUAUCAACCGAUUCCAGUCUUUGAGAUGGGAACUGAAUCUACAUGCAUUUUAUUAUUAAUAUCUUGUCACUCAGUUAGCUGUCUGUCCUCCAAAUAGAAUUUUGGAAAAGGUUUCAUAUUCUACACAUUCAAAGGUUCUAAAAGGGUUCUAUUGUUCUAAUAGUUCCUCCUCUUUGUUCCAGAAGCUUAAAUUACUGACCUUAUCAUCACUUAUAUAACUUUUUUAAAUAGGUAAUGAGCGUUAGUGUCAACAAGCAUUAUUCUUUAAAACAGAUCCUUGGGUGAGCAAGCGACAUUCUUACUUCUCUCCGUGUGUGUGUGUUCAGUUGAAUAACUUGGCCGAUGUGUUCCACAGGCGUAUCCUGCUGCGUCUCGACCGUUACCACGGGAACAGACACAGAUCAACAGGAAGUUCAGCCUGACCCAGACGUAUGUCACUUCCUGUCCACCUCCUGCCUCUACACUCUACACUCACUUUAAGAGAAAUAAAUAAAAAAAUAGACCAAGAAAAAAAGAAUGGGUCCCAGUAGACUUCCUCUUUGGCCUGAUUGCUGUCUCUCUUGCUCUACCCCCCCUUCUCUCUCCCUCCCUCAGGGACUACCCGCGGUACAGACGUGAUUCCUCCACCAGGCCACCAGAUUGUGCUAUAACAGUAACACCUAACUACCACCACCAGCAAGUCUCCCAAAGUGGAAGUUGUUGGAGUGGCCGGCUGUCUGCCUGUAGUAUGGACGAGGAGGACCAUCACCAGACGUCUAUGGUGGUUAACCCCACAUCAUCAUCAUAUUCAUCUUCAUCACUACUACGAAGCAGGGCUAUGUCCGAGAAUGAUCUACACUUUGACUCCACCUACCGCCGUGCUUCACCCUCGGUUGCUAUGGGGACACCACUGUCCGAGCUGGAGGAGGGAGGCGGGGUCGAAGGAGGAAGAGUGGGAGUGGGAGGACUUAGGGGAGUGGCUAACAAAAAUAAGACUCUACCCCCUCCGAGGCCACCUCCCCCCAAAUGGGAGCAGUUCCACCACAGGAGAGCCUCCCACCACACCCUCUUUGCCCCUCCUCUCUUCUCCACCUCUGCUUCUUCAUCCGUCCAUCCGUCAGUAAACCCCACCCCCCCUCCUCUCCCUCUCACUCCACCAGAGGGUCCCACCUCUCACCCCUCUCACCCUUCAUCUCACCACUGUCACCCUGAAAACGAAAUGACGCGUCAGCGCUCCUACAGCCUUCCGCCCCAGAGGGAGGAGCUAGAGGGGUGCCAGCGCUGCAGCAGAAGCCAAGUCCAGGAAUGGCCCUUUUCCCAGGAUCCACCUAGUCCAGGGUUCACAAGCAGGGCCUUCCGGCCGGUGGCCCCGCCCCAAAGAGAGAAAGACACUCCCUCUCACUACAACGAGACACUGCCGCCAUCAGAGAACUGUGUCAGGUGAGAUGAGACUUAGAGGCACGACACACAAGUGUGUCAGCACUUAUAUUACUCACUACUCUACAGAGUGUCUAUACAGUGCAUUCGGAAAGUAUUCAGACCCCUUGACUUUUUCUACAUUUUGUUACGUUACAGCCUUAUUCUAAAAAUGAUUAUUUUUUUCUGUCCUCAUCAAUCUACACACAAUACCCUAUAAUGACAAAACGAAAACAGCUUUUUAGAAAUGUUUGCAAAUGUAUUACAAAUACAAACCUUAUUUACAUAAGUAUUCAGACCUUUUGCUUUGAGACUCAAAAUUGAGCUAAUGUGCAUCCUGUUUCCAUUGAUCAUCCUUGAUGUUUCUACAACUUGAUUGGAGUCCACCUGUGGUAAAUUCAAUUGACUGGACAUGAUUUGGAAAGGCACACACCUGUCUAUAUAAGGUCCCACAGUUGACAGUGCAUGUCAGAGCAAAAAUCAAGCCAUGAGGUCGAAGGAAUUUUCCGUAAAGCUCAGAGACAGGAUUGUGUCGAGGCACCGAUCUGGGGAAGGUUACCAAAAAAAUUAUACAGCAUUGAAGGUCCCCAAGAACACAGUAGCCUCCAUUAUUCUUAAAUGGAAGAAGUUUGGAACCACCAAGACUCUUCCUAGAGCUGGCCGCCUGGCCAAACUGAGCAAUCGGGGGAGAAGUGCCUUGGUCAAGGAGGUGACCAAGAACCCAAUGGUCACUCUGACAGACCUCCAGAGUUCCUCUGUGGAGAUGGGAAAACCUUCCAGAAGGACAACCAUCUCUGCAGCACUCCACCAAUCAGGCCUUUAUGGUAGAGUGGCCAGACGGAAGCCACUCCUCAGUAAAAGGCACAUGACAGCCCGCUUGGAGUUUGCCAAAAGGCACCUAAAGACUCUCAGACCAGGAGUGGCUUCGGGACAAGUCUCUGAAUGUCGUUGAGUGGCCCAGCCAGAGCCCGGACUUGAACCCGAUCGAAAAUCUCUGGAGAGACCUGAAAAUCAAAUCAAAUCAAAUUGUAUUUGCCACAUGCGCCGAAUACAACAGGUGUAGACAUUACGGUGAAAUGCUUACUUACAGCCCUUAACCAACAGUGCAGAGUCAAUGUGCGGAGGCACCGGCUAGUUCAGGUAGUUGAGGUAAUAUGUACAUGGGUAGAGUUAAAGUGACUAUGCAUGAAUAAUUAACAGAGUAGCAGCAGCGUAAAAAGAUGGAGUGGGGGUGCAAAUAGUCCAGGUAGCCAUGAUUAGCUGUUCAAGAGUCUUAUGGCUUGGGGGUAGAAGCUAUUGAGAAGCCUUUUGGACCUAAACUUGGUGCUCCGGUACCGCUUGCCGUGCGGUAGCAGAGAGAACAGUCUAUGACUAGGGUGACUGGAGUCUGACAAUUUUAAAGGCCUUCCUCUGACACCGCCUGGUAUAGAGCUCCUGGAUGGCAGGAAGCUUGGCCCCAGUGAUAUACUGGGCCUUACGCACUACCCUCUGUAGUGCCUUGUGGUCGGAGGCCGAGCAGUUGCCAUACCAGGAGGUGAUGUAACCAGUCAGGAUGCUCUCGAUGGUGCAGCUGUAAAACUUUUUGAAUAUCUGAGGACCCAUGGCAAAUCUUUUCAGUCUCCUGAGGGGGAAUAGGCUUUGUCGUGCCCUCUUCACGACUGUCUUGGUGUGUUUGGACCAUGAUAGUUCGUUGGUGAUGUGGACACCAAGGAACUUGAAGCUCUCAACCUGUUCCACUACAGCCCUGUCGAUGAGAAUGGGGGCGUGCUCAGUCCUCUUUUUUUUCCUGUAGUCCACAAUCAUCUCCUUUGUCUUGGUCACGUUGAGGGAAAGGUUGUUAUCCUGACACCACACGGCCAGGUCUCUGACCUCCUCCCUAUAGGCUGUCUCAUUGUUUUCGGUGAUCAGGCCUACCACUGUUGUGUCGUCGGCAAACUUAAUGAUGGUGUUGGAGUCAUGCCAGGCCAUGCAGUCAUGGGUGAACAGGGAGUACAAGAGGGGACUGAGCACGCACCCCUGAGGGGCCCCGUGUUGAGGAUCAGUGUGGAAGAUGUGUUGUUACCUACCCUUACCACCUGGGGGCGGCCCAGUCCAGGAUCCAGUUGCAGAGGGAGGUGUUUAGUCCCAGGAUUCUUAGCUUAGUGAUGAGCUUUGAGGGCACUAUGGUGUUGAACGCUGAGCUGUAGUCAAUCAAUAGCAUUCUCACGUAGGUGUUCCUCUUGUCCAGGUGGGAAAGUGCAGUGUGGAGUGCAAUAGAGAUUGCAUCAUCUGUGGAUCUGUUGGGGCGGUAUGCAAAUUGAAGUGGGUCUAGGGUUUCUGGGAUAAUGGUGUUGAUGUGAGCCAUGACCAGCCUUUCAAAGCACUUCAUGGCUACAGAUGUCAGUGCUGCGGGUCGGUAGUCAUUUAGGCAGUUUAUCUUAGUGUCCUUGGGCACGGGGACUAUGGUGGUCUGCUUGAAACAUGUUGGUAUUACAGACUCAGUCAGGGACAUGUUGAAAAUGUUGGUGAAGACACUUGUCAGUUGGUCAGCACAUGCUCGGAGUACACGUCCUGGUAAUCCGUCUGGCCCUGCAGCCUUGUGAAUGUUGACCUGCUUAAAAGUCUUACUCACAUCGGCUACGGAGAGCGUGAUCACAUAGUCAUCCGGAACAGCUGGUGCUCUCACGCAUGCUUCAGUGUUGCUUGCCUCGAAGCGAGCAUAGAAGUGGUUUAGCUCGUCUGGUAAGCUUGUGUCACUGGGCAGCUCGCGGCUGUGCUUCCCUUUGUAGUCUGUAAUAGUUUUCAAGCCCUGUCACAUCCGACGAGCGUCAGAGCCGGUGUAGUACGAUUAAAUCUUAGUCCUGUAUUGACUCUUUGCCUGUUUGAUGGUUCGUCGGAGGGCAUAGCGGGAUUUCUUAUAAGCGUCCGGGUUAGAGUCCCGCUCCUUGAAAGUGGCAGCUCUACCCUUUAGCUCAGUGCGGAUGUUGCCUGUAAUCCAUGGCUUCUGGUUGGGGUAUGUACGUACGGUCACUGUGGGGGGGACGUCAUCGAUUCACUGAAAAUAGCUGUGCAGCGACGCUCCCCAUCCAACCUGACAGAGCUUGAGAGGAUCUGCAGAGAAGAAUGGGAGAAACUCCGCAAAUACAGGUGUGCCCAGCUUGUAGCGUCAUACCCAAGAAGACUCAAGGCUGUAAUCGCUGCCAAAGGUGCUUCAACAAAGGACUGAGUAAAGGGUCUGAAUACUUAUGUAAAUGUCAUAUUUCCGUUUUGUAUUUUUUAUAAAUUUGCAAACAUUCUAAAAACCUGUUUUUGCUUUGUCAUUAUGGGGUAUUGUGUGUAGAUUGAUGAGGAGGAAAAAAAAACAAUUUAAUAAAUUUUAGAAUAAGGCUGUAAUGUAACAAAAUGUCAAGGGUUCUGAAUACUUUCCGAAUGCACUGUAUGCGGGUUUCUGCAUGUGAAACACUAUGGGGUCAGAGCCAUUUAUACAUCUUAUUAUAUUAUUAUUAAUAAAGCGGAGACAAUUCAGAAGGGAAACCCGAGUCUUGUGGCAUCAGCUGAUUGCAUCAGCGGACAUUGUACCAAUUGGAUUCACACUACUUACAAGCGGUCUAUUUAAGUUGACCAAUUCUACACAUGCUUCCUCAAUGCUGGAUAUCAUUUGCCGGUGUCUCUUGCUGCCGUUGCGUCUGUAACUAGCUAUUACUUGCAAUGCUUGCUGUUUCUGAUAUCCCACCACCACCCCAGCAUCCACCUGUCUGGGUUAUGUGUCUCUUCCUUCAGGGGAUUUGAUAUAGCAUAUCGUGCUCACUGCCUAAAGUUAUAUUAUCAUCUUCAUAUGACGCUUCGCUCUGGCAGUGAGCUACCCUGAAGGAGCAGAGUCAAGACUAUGCAUUAUCUUUUCGAAUAAAUGGUUAAACGUAUGUGUGGCAUUUCCUUUCUGAGUUAUUAUUAUUAUUAUUAUUAUUAUAGCACCUCCGUUUUAACAUGACGUAACACACACCUGUUUAACUGUAUAUUACAUGUCCCUCUGCAGGUUGUGCAACAUGGAUGACCAAGAUCGUCCUGCUGUAUUGAAGCCUAUCUCUCAUAGACAGCAGAGGGCCACGUCUGAGUGGGAGAGAACUCCGUCUCCCAGGGUGCAUAGCGUCUCAGGUCCACUCACCAUAGAGAAUGGUGUUAUCUCACCAGAGUCCUACUUCGCGAUGAGCUAUGAACAACAACAACAGUUACAGCAGAAUAGAUUGCGGAAUCACCCCCACAACAAUAACAACAGUAAGUAACGCCAUACAAUUCUGUAAAGCACUUUGUGACAACUGCUGAUGUAAAAAGGGUUUUAUAAAAUAUGAUUCAGUGAUUGAUUGAUUGAUUCCCAUUCCAGAACCGGAAUUGGAACAAGAAUUAUUGGAACCGGAACUGGAACCGGAAUCCGAUUUCAGCCCGAGCCCCGACCAGAGCUUGGAACAGGAAGUGGACAUCCCCAUAGAAACGGACAUCGACGACUUCCAGGUGGAGGGGCUUCCCGAGGAUGAAGAGCCAAUAAGGACGGAGCUACAAUGUUUCGCCCUGCCCGUCACGGUGUGUAACAUAACUCACUAUACUGCUAGGGUGUAGGGUGAAGUUGCCACUGAGGUCAGGAUUGGGGAGGGGAAACUAGUGCUAGAUCUGUACCUAGCGGAACCUUCACCCCGGAGCUUGUUGCUAACCUAUAUAACUAUACUGGACUCGAACUAGUGAUCCUCUGCUUUGCAAACAAAUGUGACCACCCACUUGACAACUUUUUGGCCAGUUCCGCCACCAGAAAGCUAUCAAUUCGGCGACGCGAGUUGAGACAUUUCAAGACAUUUUAUGCUGUGGAGUGAGCUUUCCGGUACGAUCUUACCUCCAUUACAGGUGCUGGAGACUGACAUCGACACGCUCCCUGAUCAGGAGGCCUCGCCGGCAGGUAGGAUGACAGUGGAGAAUGGGUCUCUGGAUGGAGAAAUGGAGGACCAGGGGAUGAGGACCAGAGAAGAACUUAUGGAGGAGCUGUUUCCCCAGAGCAGUGAGGGCGAGGCGGGCAUGGAGAGCUGGAGAGGGGCCUACCGUAGCCCCAACCUGGAGCACAAUAUCGACAGCCUGGAUAGGUGAGUGUGUGUGUGUGCGUGUGUGGGUUAUGUGUAUUUCAUAUUUAUAUGGUAUACACAUAUCAUAAACUUCACAAUUAACUGCAUUUACAGUGGGGGAAAAAAGUAUUUAGUCAGCCACCAAUUGUGCAAGUUCUCCCACUUAAAAAGAUGAGAGAGGCCUGUAAUUUUCAUCAUAGGUACACGUCAACUAUGACAGACAAAAUGAGAAUUUUUUUCCAGAAAGUCACAUUGUAGGAUUUUUAAUGAAUUUAUUUGCAAAUUAUGGUGGAAAAUAAGUAUUUGGUCAAUAACAAAAGUUUCUCAAUACUUUGUUAUAUACCCUUUGUUGGCAAUGACACAGGUCAAACGUUUUCUGUAAGUCUUCACAAGGUUUUCACACACUGUUGCUGGUAUUUUGGCCCAUUCCUCCAUGCAGAUCUCCUCUAGAGCAGUGAUGUUUUGGGCAACACAGACUUUCAACUCCCUCCAAAGAUUUUCUAUGGGGUUGAGAUCUGGAGACUGGCUAGGCCACUCCAGGACCUUGAAAUGCUUCUUACGAAGCCACUCCUUCGUUGCCCGGGCGGUGUGUUUGGGAUCAUUGUCAUGCUGAAAGACCCAGCCACGUUUCAUCUUCAAUGCCCUUGCUGAUGGAAGGAGGUUUUCACUCAAAAUCUCACGAUACAUGGCCCCAUUCGUUCUUUCCUUUACACGGAUCAGUCGUCCUGGUCCCUUUGCAGAAAAACAGCCCCAAAGCAUGAUGUUUCCACCCCCAUGCUUCACAGUAGGUAUGGUGUUCUUUGGAUGCAACUCAGCAUUCUUUGUCCUCCAAACACGACGAGUUGAGUUUUUACCAAAAAAGUUAUAUUUUGGUUUCAUCUGACCAUAUGACAUUCUCCCAAUCCUCUUCUGGAUCAUCCAAAUGCACUCUAGCAAACUUCAGACGGGCCUGGACAUGUACUGGCUUAAGCACGUCUGCCACUGCAGGAUUUGAGUCCCUGGCGGCGUAGUGUGAUACUGAUGGUAGGCUUUGUUACUUUGGUCCCAGCUCUCUGCAGGUCAUUCACUAGGUCCCCCCGUGUGGUUCUGGGAUUUUUGCUCACCGUUCUUGUGAUCAUUUUGACCCCACGGGGUGAGAUCUUGCGUGGAGCCCCAGAUCGAGGGAGUUUAUCAGUGGUCUUGUAUGUCUUCCAUUUCCUAAUAAUUGCUCCCACAGUUCAUUUCUUCAAACCAAGCUGCUUACCUAUUGCAGAUUCAGUCUUCCCAGCCUGGUGCAGGUCUACAAUUUUGUUUCUGGUGUCCUUUGACAGCUCUUUGGUCUUGGCCAUAGUGGAGUUUGGAGUGUGACUGUUUGAGGUUGUGGACAGGUGUCUUUUAUACUGAUAACAAGUUCAAACAGGUGCCAUUAAUACAGGUAACGAGUGGAGGACAGAGGAGCCUCUUAAAGAAGAAGUUACAGGUCUGUGAGAGCCAGAAAUCUUGCUUGUUUGUAGGUGACCAAAUACUUAUUUUCCACCAUAAUUUGCAAAUAAAUUCAUUAAAAAUCCUACAAUGUGGUUUUCUGGAUUUUUUUUCCUCAAUUUGUCUGUCAUAGUUGACGUGUACCUAUGAUGAAAAUUACAGGCCUCUCUCAUCUUUUUAAGUUGGAGAACUUGCACAAUUGGUGGCUGACUAAAUACUUUUUCCCCCCACUGUACGUAGCACAUUCCAUUAGAUUCUCAAAUUCCACUAGAUUCCACAAAUAACUUAACAUUGUCAGGGGGGAGCAUCUCUUCUUGCACCAAUGUUUAGCCAUCAUGCACAUAUUCUUUUAGUUUUACAUAGAUCCUGAAUGUAAUCAACUCUAUCCUUACCCUCCCCCCUUCUCUCCUCUCCUCUCCUCCUCCUUUCUCCAGGCGUUCUGGUGCCAGCUCCAGUUGUUCGUCCUACUACUCUACCUCAGCAGCCAAAGCUCAGCUCCUCACUCAGAUGAAAGACUACUGCUCAGACACUAGAGACACUGAUGAUGAUGAUGAACUGUCUUACAAGGUACACACACAACACACAACACACUCUUUCAAGAUAAAUCCUAGCUUGUAUACUAAACACACACACACAGGAUCGAAGCUGACUGUAACUGACUUUGCGCUCUCUGUAACACUCUCUUUCUACUCUUCCUUUACCCCCUCUCUCCCUUCUUCCCCCCCCCCCAUUUCCCCCUCCCCUCCCCCCUGUCUCCCCCCUUUACAGAGGCAGUUGAUGGAGAGUCUACGUAAGAAGCUAGGCGUUCUGAGAGAGGCACAGAGAGGUCUACAGGAGGAUAUACGGGCUAACGCACAGCUGGGAGAAGAGGUGUGUGUGUGUGUGUGUGUGUGUAGUACACACACACACACAUAUAUACAGUGCAUUUUCCACAUUUUGUUACGUUACAGCCUUAUUAUAAAAGGGAUUACAUUGUUUUUUUUCCCUUUAUCAAUCUACACACAAUACCCCAUAAUGACAAAGCAAAAACAGGUUUGUAUACAUUUUUGCUAAUUUAUUCAAAAUAAAAAUACUGAAAUAUCAUAUUUACGUAAGUAUUCAGACCCUUUACUCAGUACCUAGUUGAAGCACCUUUGGCAGAGAUUACAGCCACAAGUCUUCUUGGGGAUGACGCUACAAGCUUGGCACACCUGUAUUUGGGGAGUUUCUCCCAUUCUUCUCUGCAGAUCCUCUCAAGCUCUGUCAGGUUGAAUGGGAAGCGUCACUGCACAGCUAUUUUCAGGUUUCUCCAGAGAUGUUCGAUCGGGUUCAAGUCCGGGCUCUGGCUGGGCCACUCAAGGAUAUUCAGAGACUUGUCCCGAAGCCACUCCUGCGUUGUCUUUGCUGUGUGCUUAGGGUCAUUGUCCUGUUGGAAGGUGAACCUUAUCCCCAGUCUGAGAUCCUGAGCGCUCUGGAGCAGGUUUUCAUGAAGGAUCUCUCUGUACUUUGCUCCAUUCAAAUAUUUCUAAAAACCUGUUUUUACUUUGUCAUUAUGGGGUAUUGUGUGUUGAUUGAUGAGGAAAAACAACAAUGUAAUCAAUUUUAGAAUAAGGUUGUAACAUAACAAAAUGUGGAAAAAGUGAAUGGGUCUGAAUACUUUCCGAAUGCACUAUGUACAGAGAAACACACACACACACGUCUUCUUCCCUCUAUGUUUAGAGGUUGGUGCUAGUGUUGUGUAAGCCUAACGAGGUGGAUACGUUCUAACUUUCCUCCUUCUCUCUCCUCCCCCCUCCUCCUCCUCUUCUCCCCUCUAGGUUGAGAGCCUGGUGCUAGCAUUCUGUAAGCCCAAUGAGGUGAAUAAGUUCAGGAUGUUUAUCGGGGAUCUGGAUAAGGUGGUCAGUCUGCUUCUGUCUCUCUCUGGACGGCUACUUAGGGUUGAGAGCUCACUGGACAACCUGGAGGUCGAGACUGGACACCAUGAGAGGGUAAAGAAAGAAAGAAAGAAAGAAAGAAAGAAAGAAAGAAAGAAAGAAAGAAAGAAAGAAAGAAAGAAAGAAAGAAAGAAAGAAAGAAAGAAAGAAAGAAAGAAAGAAAGAAAGAAAGAAAGAAAGAAAGAAAGAAAGAAAAAUUAUACGAAAAAGUACAACAUUAAAACAAACUCUGUUCUCUCUCUCCCCCUCACUCCCUCCCUCCCUCCCUCACUCACUCACUCACUCCACUCACUCACUCACUCACUCACUCACUCCCUCCCUCCCCCCUCCCUCCCUCACUCCCUCCCUCCCUCCCGCCAUAGCUCCCCCUCCUGGAGAAGAAGCGUCAGCUCCUGGUGCAGCUGUCGGAGGCCCAGGACCUCAAAGAACAUGUAGACCGACGGGAGCAGGCUGUGGGAAGGGUGCUGGAACGAUCCCUCUCCCCAGAACAGGUACACACACACACACACAUACACUGGCUUCGCACUGCUCCAACCAUUCCAACUUCCAAGUGUGUGUGGGGGUGUGUGUCUUUCUGAGGGGUUGGGAUAAAGCAGAAGUCAAAUUUCUGUUGGACCUUGUGUACAAUUGGGCAGUAAAGUCAUCUUUAUCUUCUUGAUCCACAGCAUCGUGACUACAGUCAUUACGUCAAGAUGAAGGCAGCAUUGCUGGUGGAACAGAGGCAGCUGGAGGACAAGAUCAGGCUGGGAGAAGAGCAGCUAAGAGGGCUACGGGAGAGUUUAGGGCUGGGUCUAAGGAUGGGAUUAGGGAUGUCCAUGGGAUAUGGGCACUACUAA